AUGGCGCCAGGAGGACCCCCAGGUGGUGCCCGUGGCCGAGGCGGCAAAUUCAAGAAGUUCACACGAGGAGGUGGCAAGCACUUCUCCAAGAACCUCCGUCCCCUCGACUCUGACGGAAACGAAAUCGCAGAGAAAGACCCCAACGCAUCGUCAUCCGAGGAAGAGUCCAGCUCAGAGGAGGAGUCUUCAUCAGAGGAGGAAGAUGCCGAGAAGCCAACUAUGACUCGCGAGGAGCGUCGUCAAGCCGCAAAGGCCAAGAAAGAGGCUGCCAUCCGUAAGAAGAAGGGUCAAACCGUGGAGCCGGGCGACAUGCCAACCAGCUCUGAGGAGGAAAGCGAGGACGAGGAUAUGCCUGCCAACCCCAAUCACUCCAAGGCUUCGAGAAAGCAGGCCAGUGCUGCACCAGUCAGCGUAGAAGAGGCAGCUGAGGGCGUCAAGGAGAUGAGCGUGGGUGGCAAGGGCAAGGGCAAGCCAGUUGCAGAGUUGAGCCGUAGAGAGCGGGAGGCGGUGCAGGCACAGCAGGCUAAGGAGAGAUACCAGAAGAUGCACGAGGCGGGCAAGACGGAUGAGGCAAAGGCGGACAUGGCUAGGCUUAGGCUGAUUCGGGAGAAGAGAGAAGCUGAGGCCGCUCGGAAACAGGCCGAGAAAGAGGAACGAGAGGAGGCUGAGAAGAGCAAGAAGGCAGAGAUCGAAGCUCGUGAGGCGAAGCGAAGAGAGGCUGCUAUGGGUCCAGCGAAAGGCAAGGGCAAGAAAAAGUAA